AUGAACCGUUCUCCAGGCAGCUUCACAGAGCCUGCCGACACACUGGACAGCACAGGUUAUCCCUUUCCGCCUUUCCCGUCACCCUCUUCUGCUGCUGGUCGUCGCGUCAGACCAGCGGCUGACAGAACAAGCGCCGAGAGCGGCAGUCCUCCACUGGCUGCUUCACAUGGCGGGCAUAUGGUGAGCACAGCGAUAGAAGUGACCACGAUGAGUGGCUGUGCAAUUGUUGAUGCUUGUGUUGAUGUCUGUUGUGAAUGGCUCAGGAACGAGGAAAGAAGCGGAGUUUGGGUCCUCUCGACGAGGCAAUGGUCGAGACGCGCUCAGACAAGAGGAGGAGGUGGACGCCCGACAUUGAGCCGCCAUCCAGCAGUGGAAGCGGUGACGACGAAAUCCUCUCGGGGUCAGUAACGAGGCGGGACGAUCAUCUGGACUGAACUGCAGCCAGAGAUCACUGUCUGUGACAUUUCAGGUCCACAGCGCCUCCAUCUGAGUCGGCUCCUCUGCUCUUCGGCCCCUCCCCUCCCCCUCCCCCGCCCUCCAGCGCCCACAGGCAGCCAUCUCCACCUCUCCCCUCACGCCAUCUGUUCGAGCCCCCAGUGACGCACCCCUCUGUGCCGCCGUUCCCCUUCAACAGCCACGGCGAUGCCAACAAGAAGUGGCCUCACCGGCCCCCAUCGCCUCCUCCCCUCUCGAGCGGAUCGUUCUCGUGCGUCAAUCCCCCUGUUCUGGAGGGGCAGCACGACACUGGCGGCCCCAUGUUGUCCCGCUAUCGGUCGGAGGACCACCAUGCGAGCGCUAAGCACGCCAGCGGAGCGCCGCGGCCACUGGUCCAACAGCAGGCUGAUGUUGAGAUGCGGCCAUCAACGCCGGCCAUCCCGCUCCCCUCCCCCCGGCCGUCCCGCUCGACGUCAUCGUCCGGCUCGUCGUCGGGUGCGUCGCCCCAGUUUCGCGGCAUGUCGUUGAAUCCGCCGCCCGGUCGGCUGCUAGAGCUCGGAGAGAGGGAGGCGGGCCGAGGGGUACGGCACUUCUCGCAUGCCGCCUCCAUGGGUGGUGUGAGCGGCGCCAUGACGCAAGAAGAGGUGAGAGAGAUGAACGAGGCGACUCUCUUUAUUGAGGGACUGCAAAUCACGCUUUUGUUGGUUCCUCUAUCCGUGUUGAGCAGAUUCUGCGCGUGCGGCGGGCGCGUAAACGGCCCCGCAAGCACACCCCUCCCCCGUCCCACCUGGUCCCCCACCUCCCCCACCGUCGCGUACAGGCCACUUCGAGCGCCGCUGCCGGGCCGCCCCAGCCGGCCGGUCGGCUGCCGUGCAUCCCCGAGUUGGACGAGAACGAGGAGGAAGGCAACAACGACACACCGCCAGCUGAGAGGAAUGCUGGCGGUGAGAGCGAAGAGAGGCGGGCGGAUGGGGAUAGCCACGGCCACGGUCACGGUCACGGGCAAGGAAGCGAGGAGUGCGGGUGUCACCGUGGUGGUCAGCCUGGGACUGGCAGAUGUCCAAUGGAGCUGUCGCCAGUCGUGCAGUCGCCCACCGCAGCAUCGGCACCCCAUCCCCACCCCCCUGCAUAA